AUGCUGGGUAAGCGUUUCUUACAAUACAAACCCAGAAAGCCCACUGUUCAUCUCAAGCAAACUACUGUUGCGAAUGCCAUUGGAUCGAAAGCUGCGUCACCAACAAUCAUGAACGGUGCUAAAGGUACUCCUACAUUUCCCAAAGGCACAUUUUUACAAACUGUGAAACAUAGGUCGCCAUACUUUUUAUUUGGAUUGGUGACUAUCUCGUGCUUAAUUGGAUGGCCUGCUUUAUUUAUAGAGGGUAGUGAGAUCGUGCUCAACGUCCCACCGAACCUGGAGACAGCGCUAGUCCAAAAAACUGAAGAGGGCUAUGAGGUCGGAGACAUCAAGGAAGUUCAUAGAGACAUUCCCGACGAUGACGAAUAA